AUGCUACUAGGAGUUAGAAUACGCAUGCUAAAGUGCCAUAGGGCUUGCUACACCUGUCGAAGAAUCGAUGGCCGUUGGAGACUACGAUUUGGUAAACGGAAAGUAGAACAUACCCAGCCAUAUGAAUUGACGAAUGUAGAUGAGAUGACAUGGAUGCGACGGCAGACCGAUGACGCAGACUUGGAGAGCCGAUAUACAGCAUUGAACUGCGUUAGGCUUAUUGUUAAGAGUGACGUACGAGAUGAAUCAUCAUCAUCAACAGAGAUGAAUACUAUAAGAUAA